CACACUGGACAGGCAGGAGCAGACGCUUGGGGGCAGCCUGUUCUCCCGCCUUCAUUUCCCAUCGUGCUGAGGCGGGUGGCAUGGCGGAGAAGGAUGACACCGGAGUUUGACGAAGAGGUGGUUUUUGAGAAUUCUCCACUUUACCAGUACUUACAGGAUCUGGGACACACAGACUUUGAAAUAUGUUCUUCUCUGUCACCAAAACCAGAAAAAUGCACAGGGACAGAGGGACAGCAAAAGUCGCCCACAAGAGCCCUGCCGAAACAAGGCAUCCUGUUAAAAGUGGCUGAAACCAUCAAAAGUUGGAUUUUUUCUCAGUGCAAUAAGAAUGAUGACUUACUUCACAAGUUGGAUAUUGGAUUCCGACUCGACUCACUACAUACCAUCCUGCAACAGGAAGUCCUGUUACAAGAGGAUGUGGAGUUGAUUGAGCUACUGGAUCCCAGUAUCCUGUCUGCAGGGCAACCACAACAACAGGAAAAUGGACACCUUCCAACACUUUGCUCCCUGGCAACCCCUAAUAUUUGGGACAUCUCAAUGCUAUUUGCCUUCAUUAGUUUGCUCAUUAUUCUUCCCACUUGGUGGAUUGUAUCUUCCUGGCCUGUAUGGGGAGUGAUUCUAUUUGUUUAUCUGAUGAUAAAAGUUUUGAGAUUAUGGAGGACAGCCAAACUACAAGUAACCCUAAAAAAAUACAGUGUCCUUUUGGAAGAUACUGCAACAAAUAGCCGAGCUUUUACUAACCUUGUGAGAAAAGCUUUACGUCUCAUUCAAGAAACUGAAGUCAUUUCUAGAGGAUUUACACUGGUCAGUGCUGCUUGCCCAUUUAAUAAAGCUGGACAGCAUCCCAGUCAGCAUCUCAUCGGUCUGCGGAAAGCUGUCUACAGAACUGUAAGAGCCAACUUCCAAGCAGCAAGGCUAGCUACCCUAUAUAUGCUGAAAAACUACCCCCUGAACUCCGAGAGUGACAAUGUAACCAACUACAUCUGUGUGGUGCCUUUUAAGGAGCUGGGCCUUGGACUUAGUGAAGAGCAGAUUUCAGAAGAGGAAGCACAUAACCUUACAGAUGGCUUCAGCCUGCCUGCAUUGAAGAUUUUGUUCCAACUCUGGGUGGCACAGAGUUCAGAAUUCUUCAGACGGUUAGCCCUAUUACUUUCUACAGCUAAUUCACCUCCUGGGCCCUUACUUACUCCAGCACUUUUGCCUCAUCGUAUUCUAUCUGAUGUGACUCAAGGUCUACCUCAUGCUCAUUCUGCCUGCUUGGAAGAGCUUAAGCGCAGCUAUGAGUUCUAUCGGUACUUUGAAACUCAGCACCAGUCUGUACCCCAGCAUUUAUCGAAAACUCAACAGAAGUCAAGAGAACUGAGUAAUGUUCACACAGCAGUACGCAGCUUGCAGCUCCAUCUGAAAGCAUUACUGAAUGAGGUAAUAAUUCUUGAAGAUGAACUUGAAAAGCUUGUUUGUGCUAAAGAAACACAUGAACUAGUAUCAGAAGCUUAUCAAAUCCUAGAACAGAAAUUAAAGUUGAUUCAGCCCCAUGUUCAAGCGAGCAACAGUUGCUGGGAAGAAGCCAUUUCUCAAGUGGACAAACUGCUACGAAGAAAUACAGAUAAAAAAGGCAAGCCUGAAACAGCAUGUGAAAACCCAGAGUUAGAAGCUUAUGUAGAUGAUAUAGAUAUGGACAAUGAUUUCAGAAAGGAUGAUUUCUAUUACUUGUCUCAAGAAGACAGAGAGAGACAGAAGCGUGAGCAUGAAGAAUCCAAGAGGGUACUCCAAGAAUUAAAAUCUGUGCUGGGAUUUAAAGCAUCGGAGGCAGAAAGGCAGAAGUGGAAACAACUUCUGUUUAGUGAUCACGCUGUGUUGAAAUCCUUGUCUCCUGUAGACCCAGUGGAACCCAUAAGUAAUUCAGAACCAUCAGUGGAUUCAGAUGUGGGGAAAGUUGGUAAAUACGAUACUGAAGAGGAAAAUAGUAAACCUUCCACAACUGACAAUGAAAUAAGUAGUAGGACUGAGUAUUUAUGUGAAAACCCUCUAGAUGGUAAAAACAAAGACAGUUCUGCAAAUGAAGUCUUCCUCCAAAGAGCUGAAGAAAGAGUAUGUUACCAAUGCGACAGUGAAGAUGAAUCUCAGCAGGCAGAUUUAGGUGGCCCGGCCACUGCCCAUCCAACUCCCAGGGACUCGUCACAGCCCUCCAUCAAGCAGAGGCUGGCACAGCUACAGCUGUCACCAGAUUUUACCUUCACUGCUGGCCUCGCUGCAGAAGUGGCUGCUAGAUCUCUCUCCUUUACCACCAUGCAAGAGCAGACUUUUGGUGAUGAGGAGGAAGAACAAAUAAUACAAGAAAAUAAAAAUGAGAUAGAAGAAAAGUAAGAACCAAGAUUUACAUGAAGAAUUUGAAAUUGUUCCUUUUGUGAAAGUGUUUUAGCUUCAAGACUAGAUAUUCCACUGGAAAGGGAGAAUGAGUAUAAGUUUACUACAUAUAAAGCUAAGAUGUGAAUUUACAGGAAGAACCUUGGUUUGAACAACUGAUCUGAAAGUAGUUACCUGUAAACAGCAGAUCUUUUAGGAAAAUAAGAGAAAGGUAAGGGCUCUUUUGAAUAAACUGCUGUUUUAUUUGCAGCACAACUGAUCGAUCUUGGAAAUUCUUUAAGUACUUUUAGUAACAAAUGAAUUUAUCAUUUCUUGCCAGAAUUUGCUACCAUAAAAUGACUGGGAUAAUUCUGUUGCAAGAACAUUAAACAUUUAGUAUGACGCCUUUUUACUGUAUUCUCGCAGUUAAUAACUGCAGCUAUUAUGUUAAUAACAAGUUGUUUGUAUUUUAUUUUUGUUUAUACCAGUCUUAAAGAUACAGGUUCUGAAUAAAAAAUAAUUGAAUCCAUGCAAUUGAUGUGUAGUGGGGUUUGGAACUAAAAUGUAGUUUCUAAAGUACUUGGGUUAUGAUGUGUUUCUUAUGUUUCCUUGGUCAUAUGUGUAUUCACGAGUUAAUUCUAAGAUUUCCUAAUGAUCUUUUAAAGAAAAACAUUGUACCAUUUUAAGAAUUACCCUUUCAAUUUUUUGUGUGUUUAUCGUUUUCUGUUCUUAUUGCAACUAAAAGAGAUAAUGUCAGCGUGGGAUCCCUAUGGUCCAAGGCCUUAUCCCCAACUUUGCAGAAAGCUCUUUUUAUCAAUUUGCCUAGAGAUAAUGGGUGCCAUUAACACAAGCAGGUCACCAUGCUGCUGAUUUCUAGCCCGAGACCAUACCCUUUCCACCUUAAUAAGAUUCUGGAAACAUCCUGUCAGCUGCUGGAAAGCAUCCUUGUCUCCUUAAUACUUCAAUUACAUACUACCUCUUAAAAGAGGUUGCUUUCCAAAUUGUUCAAUCUCAUCUGUUUUGUGUUGUGAUUGCAUUUUCAAAAGUGAUAUUUUCAGGAGUAUAUAUUUUUUUGAAACUUAUAGCUCCUAUGCAUUGACAUAGUUUAUAGACAUUAUUUGGAGAAAAUAUAGGGAUAACUCAAUUUAUGCUGCUGGCCUACAAAGGAAAUUACAUGAUGAAUCUAGAUUGUCUUUAGAAUUAAGAAACACAUUCGAAUUCCUCUAACUUAGCACUUCCAGUGAGUAAAUUUUCGUAUACUGAAGGGGAUAUUUUUAUUUUUAAUAAUCUAAGCAUAUUUAUUUUUUAUCCUGAGGAAAAACUUUGUUCUGCUUUAUGUGUAGAGUAGAGAGCCUUUCUACUAUAAGUGAUUCUGCC